CGGCUGUCGGUCGGCGGACGCUGACGAGGCGGGUGCCGGCGGGCCUGGGUCUCGCGCGCGUGUUGCUGGGUAACGGGCCUUCUGCCGGGCCGGCUCGGCCUCUUCUGCCUAGCGUUGGCCCUCCUUCCAGAACCUCCCCGGGCCCCAGCCGACGGGCCGGGCUGCGCCCACUGCGGGGCAGCCGAGGCCAAAGAAAUGGGAAUCCUUCCGCGGCGUUCCCGGAGCGGCUGCCUUGUCUGGGGAAGCGGCGGUGUCUUCGAGGAAACCGGAAGCCCGCGGUGACCUCUGGCGACCCGGUUUGUUUUCGGUCCGUUUCCAAACACUGGGGAAUCGAAACUCGGCGGCCCUGGGGGCGGCCCUACGGAGCCUGUCUUCGGGAAACACCAUUUCCUUAUUGAUUCUCUGCCUGGAUGACCUAUCCAUUGAUCUGUCAUGGAUGCACUGGUAGAAGAUGAUAUCUGCAUUCUGAAUCAUGAAAAAGCACAUAGGAGAGAUACGGUGACUCCAAUCUCAAUAUAUUCAGGAGAUGAGUCUGUUGCUUCACAUUUUGCCCUUGUCACUGCAUAUGAAGACAUCAAAAAACGACUUAAGGAUUCAGAGAAAGAGAACUCUUUCUUAAAGAAAAGAAUAAGAUUUUUGGAAGAAAAGCUUAUAGGAGCUCGAUUAGAUGAAGAAACAAGUUCUGUGGGACGUGAACAAGUAAAUAAGGCCUAUCAUGCAUAUCGAGAGGUUUGCAUUGAUAGAGAUAAUUUGAAAAGCAAAUUGGAUAAAAUGAAUAAAGACAACUCUGAAUCUUUGAAAGUAUUGAAUGAACAGCUACAAUCUAAAGAAGUAGAACUUCUCCAGCUAAGGACAGAGGUGGAAACUCAGCAGGUGAUAAGGAAUUUAAAUCCACCUUCAUCAAACUGGGAGGUGGAAAAGUUGAGCUGUGACCUGAAGAUCCAUGGUUUGGAACAAGAGCUGGAACUGAUGAGGAAAGAAUGUAGUGAUCUCAAAAUACAGCUACAGAAAGCCAAACAAAUGGAUCCAUCUCAGGAAGACAAUCUGAAUAGCAGUGAUCUCCAAAGACUGAGCAUUUCAAGCGACAAUAUGCAAAAUGCAUACUGGGAACUGAAGAGAGAGAUGUCUAAUUUACAUUUGGUGACUCAAGUACAAGCUGAACUACUAAGAAAACUGAAAACCCCAACUACAGUCAAGAAAGCCUGUGCCCCAAUAGGAUGCAUGGAAGACCUUGGGAAAGACAGCACAAAACUGCACUUGGCGAAUUUUACUGCAACAUACAAAAGACAUUCCCCCCUGUCACCAAAUGGCAAAACUCUUUGCCACACCACAUCUUCCCCUUUAUCAGGAGAUAUGAAGGUUUUAUCAGAGAAAGCAAUUCUCCAAUCAUGGACAGAUAAUGAGCGAUCCAUUCUUCAUGAUGGUACUAACUUUCAGGAACACAACUCUUACGGCAGAAAUUCUCUGGAAGAUAAUUCUUGGGUAUUCCCAAGCCCUCCUAAAUCAAGUGAGACAGCAUUUGGGGAAACUAAAAAUAAAACUUUGCCUUUAUCCAACCUGCCACCACUGCAUUACUUGGAUCAACAUAAUCAAAACUGCCUUUUUAAGAAUUAAUUCUGAAGAGAUUUCAGGAUUUGGUCAUGAGGUUACUGUUAUCUCCUUCAGUGGCUCUCAAGAAAUUACCUAACUGAAAGCAGAUUUUGAAUAAACUUUUGCAGAGUUCUUCAGUAUAUACAUUUGCACAUACUGUUCUCCACAUCAUGUAUCAAUUUUCCGGUAUGAAAGAGCACCCUCCAGCUCCAUGUUCUAAGAAUCAGAUGUAAGCUUCUAAUUAAUAAACUUAAGGUGUUUCAAAGAAACGAUUCUACCUUUGAUAGUAAUUGUAAAUAACUGCUUCUCAUGUAAAGGAUGGAAUUAAAAUUUUUUAGGACAUGGUUUUAUAUAGCAUGUGAAAUGCCUAAAUAUCUGUUCAUAAAAAUAAGAGGCCAUGAAUAUGUGAGAAAAAUUGUAAGUUGCUUUAAUUUGCAUAAAAGACAAAUGGCAAAGUGAAUAGGUUCUAUUUGUAGUGACCUUAAAGAUGAAAAUUAUAGUUGAAUAAUAUAGGUUAUUCCAUCUGCAUAUGCUAUUGUGUUUCAAAGUUUAAGACUCAGUAACAUUGUGAUUAAAAAAUGGUUUCAAGACUUGAAAUAACCUGCUCAUUGAAACCAACUUUGUCCCAUACAUCCUUCAAAUCCUAACUGAAAAAAGUGAUGAAAUAGUUGAAAACCUAUGUGGUGUGUGAACUAUUUUAAUACCUCAUUAUCCAAUUAGAAGUAGAGCAUCACACAGGUUGCAGUCUAAUCUGUGCCUUCAGUGGUCCAUAAUAAAAAGCUAAAUAUGUAACUGGAUAAAGUCAUUUUCUUCAAAGGGUCUAUACCUGCUUGUUAUGUACAGCGACUUAUAAAUUGUUAGACUUUGUUUUGAAAUGUAAGAGUGACUUUUGAUUAACCACAUUAAGAAUUUUAGUUCUGUAAACCAAAUUCUGUGCUGUAUUGAUAUAAUCUGAUCAUGGAAUGUCCCCAAACUUUUUGAUUCUAAGUGGCCUAUCAUUUAUCAACAAAGAUAUAACAAGGAUGGCUUCACGUGGAAA